GUGAAGUGAAAGAUUCCGCGAAAAUUUCACACAAACCGUUAACAAUUUUGAAAGUUGGGAUCGUCGGUUUAACGGUUUACAGUUCACAAUCAUUCGAUCGAAGUUUCGCGUUUAAUUCAUUAUAAAUUACUGUGAUAAAGUUAUACAUUUAGAACAACCCAAGUUAAAGUACUCGAGGUAAAUUCGUGAAACAUAAAAAAAACCUGUACCCAACGACAAGUCAUUCAGAAAUUUUUAAUGGAUUUCAAAUGUAUUAACGAUAAAAACAAAACGCCCCAAUCAAAAACGAGCAUGUUUUCGAGCACUGCGAAAUGCGAACGAUUCUUCAACCUGCCCAGCGACGUCUCGACGCCCCCGUCUCGUUUCUCGAAAAUAAUGAACCCCUUCGAAAAUCGACUGGACAGGCUCCAUUUACCGAUUUACUACAGCCCCUCUGUAUUCACCAUCCAAUCCACCCCCAAGAGCAACGAGAAAUUCAAAUGGACCAUCGACGAAAUAUCCGUCCUGAAACCAGCCAACGUAGACGAAGAAACCGUCAGUCAACACGUCGUCGAAGAUCCCCACGUGGAGUCGCUGGCUCAACAGAAGGUCCAGGCCUAUUUCAGCGAAAAAGUGAUAGUUCCCAGUCCCAUUACGAACGUCGUUCGGAUCCCUUUAGUGCGAAACAGCCCCAGCGAACUGGUCGAAUCCCCGAAGCAAACCAAGGAAUACUCUGAUGGUUGUACGCAAACGAUGCUAUCUCUACCUCCCGUUCUACCCGCUCACGUAGAAGAAAUUCUAAGGCCGUACCUGCGACCGCACGAAGACAAUGUACCAGGCCAGAUGGAUAUCAACGCUGAUAUGAAGAAUUCCACGUUGUAUCGAAACCUGUUCAAGCCUUGCGAUAGUGUAGUUUCGAUGAUAGACGAAUCCUACCACGAGAAAUCCCUGCCGAACGUCAGUUUAUCGCCUUUACAGUCACCGGUCGAAUUGAAAGGUAGACAUUCGUUGCAUAUAGCCACCCCGGAGCUGCACGAUUGCAGUUUAUCCCCUAUAGAAGAAGGUAAGACUUCUACGAGCUUACCGAGGGAAUCCAAAUCGGCCGUACGACUGGAUUUCUCAUCGAAAAUGAACGUGGAUGUAAGUAUGGCUGUUCCGGAUAUCAACGAGCUACCUAACAGAAGCGAAAUAUUCGAAACUUCUUGUUACCAACAACCGCUGGAGCAAUUGAGCGACGCCUCGAUCAAUUGGGACAUGGAGAACGAGUGCGUGUCGUUGAUAUCGCCGGAUAACAGCAUGAACAUGGACAUGUCGAAUUCCAACACGCCCCACUCGAGGCUCUUCACUAGUCAGAGGAAAAGGCUCAGCCGUAGCUUCAAGAACGAAGAGGACGAGACGAAGGAGGGCCAGAAUUCGUUCGAGAACGCUCUCAAACAAGAUUUCGGAAUUGCUAUGCUCGAAGGAGCUACCGAUUGCGCGGAAACGGACGCGAUCAAGUCGUGGGCCUGCGCAUGCGCGUGUGACGUCGACGGCGCGUGCAGGGGCAGCAAAGUCUUCGCGUUUUGCUUGGAAGAAAGCAACGGCUGCUUGUCGCUGCUGUGAGACUUCGAUAAUCUUUCGCUCAGAGCUUUCAGAGCUAUUUGCCUGAAAAUUAACGACCACCAAAUCGCAAUAGUUAAUUAUACCUUGCGAAUGUGAAAUAAUCGGCCAAAUCGCCUCUCGUCCCGUUCGAAUGCUUCUGAUAAAACCUCAAGUAAAUCCAACUGACGAUCAAACCACUCAAGAACAUCGUCGGGUAAGUACCAUCGACGAGCCCGACGAUUUUGAAUAUAACGGAGAAGAAAAACACUGUCAAAGGUACGUUUCUAUUGGUCAACUUCCCCAAAGGCGUCUUGAUUAUAACCAAAUCGGGCAUGAUCUGUUUAACGGUGACACUCACACCUGCUAUGUAUCCAGCCAACCCGUGUAUGUGUACGCUAAACAAAUAUUCAGUAUUAAACGUGCAACAGUACAAAAUAAAGUAAAACGUCGUCGUUAUAACGGCAACGCCGAAGUUUACAAUCGCGAAGAAAGUCAUCAUUUCCAACUGGCCCCACAGGGGUUCGAUGAGCUUGCCGCACAGCCCCACCGUUACGAUGUCCACUAACACCUCCCAGAAAUGUAUUUCGAGGAAACAAAACGUGAAAGCCGUCCACAGCCAAAAGGACGAGGGCAUCAAGUAGCCCGGCGUGACGGAUAUCACCCGCACGGCCUCGUCGGAGAAGGACAAACCGUAGCUGAAGAGCACCACUCCGCAGAUGAAUUUCACGCAGGUGCUGGUGUUGCCCAGUAGGGCGCCGAAUUGCUGCUGCAAAUACGGUAUGUUCCUGCUUAAUGCCCUGAACGUGGCCAUCGUCAAAUCAUUUAGGCGGAUCGGUGUGGCGAGUAUUUACUGUUUUUUUCGAACGAAAAUUGGUCAAAAGCUAACACAAACAUCUGCCAUUUUUUGAUAAACAUGUCAAAUUCGAAACGUCAACUUCA